GAGUAGCUCCAUCACUACAACCUUUCUGCACAGGAUCAUCAUCGCUGAUAACCUCCAAAAGUAAUCACCAACCAUGCCGAUUGUCGACUCUGGAAGUGUCCCAGCCCUGACGGCCGCUGAGAAGGCCACUAUCCGCACCGCCUGGGCCCCGGUGUAUGCCAAGUAUCAGUCCACCGGCGUGGACAUCCUGAUCAAGUUCUUCACCAGCAACCCCGCCGCCCAGGCCUUCUUCCCCAAGUUCCAGGGGCUGACCUCGGCCGACCAGCUCAAGAAGUCCAUGGACGUGCGCUGGCACGCCGAGAGGAUCAUCAACGCCGUCAACGACGCCGUGGUGGCCAUGGACGACACCGAGAAGAUGAGCCUGAAGCUCAGGGAGCUGAGCGGCAAGCACGCCAAGAGCUUCCAGGUCGACCCCCAGUACUUCAAGGUGCUGGCCGCGGUCAUUGUCGACACCGUCCUGCCGGGCGAUGCCGGCCUUGAGAAGCUCAUGAGCAUGAUUUGCAUCCUGCUCAGGUCCAGCUACUGAGCCCCAGCCCUGCGCCGACACUACCGCAAGAACGCUCGCCGCUUACGCCUGCCGCGUGUGAUUUUGCACAAAAAAGCCCGUUUGCCAUCAGGAAUGAAGCGUCGUUCCAAUGUCACGCGAUGGCAAUUCGGGCGUAAUUACAACCAACGUAACUUCCCGACCAAAAUGCAAUAAAGCUUCCCUUGAUGCAA